AUGCCACAAGAAAUUCGAAAUCAAUCAGUACCAGACGAACAACGGUUAAUGUAUUAUCUGCUCAUGGGAUAUGAGAAGUCUGUCCGGCCUGUCCGAAACGCCAGCAACCCAGUUGUUGUAGGAAUGGGUCUCACAAUGACUCAGAUUUUUGAUAUGGAUGAGAAAAAUCAAGUUCUCGUGACAAAUGCCUGGCUGGAUCAGGGCUGGCACGAUGAGUUCCUCAUGUGGGACCCCAAAGAAUUCAACAACAUUACCACGAUAAGAAUACCAUGUGACAAACUCUGGCUUCCUGAUAUCGUCCUUUAUAACAAUGCGGCUGAAUAUACUGAUGGAGUUAUGCCAGCAAACGCCAUGGUAAAAAAUAAUGGUGACGUGUUUUGGCCAGUACCAACGAAAUUACAAAGUUCCUGCAAGGUGGACGUGACUUAUUUUCCAUUUGAUGAUCAAAGUUGUAGAUUAAAAUUCGGAUCUUGGACAUAUGAUGGAUAUCAGGUAGAUAUAACGAACAGAUCUGAAGAGGUGGACCUCUCUAACUAUGUAGUUAACGGUGAAUGGGAGUUACUUCAGGUUAAAGUUGUGAGAAACGUUGUUAUUUAUCCAUGUUGCCCUGAACCGUUUCCGGAUGUGACGUUUUAUGUCCAUAUCCGGCGUCGAACGUUAUACUACAUGUACAAUGUUGUGUUUCCGUGUAUAAUGAUGUCAGCGUUAACACUACUCGUGUUUUGCCUGCCACCAGACUCGGGGGAGAAGAUUGCUUUGGGAAUCACAGUACUUCUGGCCUUUUCAGUAUUCAUGCUGGCGGUUGCGGAAAAUCUGCCGGAAACAUCAGAAUUCGUACCGCUCAUAAGUAUAUAUCUGACCAUUGUGAUGACCUUAACGUCCCUGUCUGUCAUGAUGACUGUAUUUGUGCUGAAUCUACACCACAGGGGCCCUAACAGAGUGGAAGUUCCACCAUGGAUUCGAAGCCUUUGUUUGGGAAGAAUGCAAUCCAUAUUUUGCAUUAACGACGAUAAAAAAUGUAACACUUAUCUUACACCAAGAGAGUCAAAAUUCAUACGAACCAUGUCCUUAAAGGUGACUCUGGACAACAUUGCCCAGGAACUUCAAAAUGAAAUCCAGAUGGAGAACGGAAUGGCGGAUACUGUUGUUACUGAACGAGAGGGUACCACCAUACACGAUCACCGUCAUAGUGACGGACGCUUUAAUGGUGACGGUCGCUUUAAUGCGGGUUCCAGCGACUCAAUAAGGCGUCACCAUCGCCCACCCUUAACACGGGGUCAUUCUAAUAAUAAAUCGCACGACGAAAUUAUACAAGCUUUAAAACGAAUUCUCGAAAAGCAUGAGAAAGAAGAUAGAGACUAUGAGGUGGUGCAAGAUUGGCGAAGGGUUGCUCAAGUUGUGGACAGAGUUUUGUUCUGGAUAUUUUUCCUGGGAACUUUUUCUUCAACAUUGAUUAUCCUUGUCAUCACUCCUGCCUCAAAAUAAGCGAGACUCUGUUUAUGCCAAAACGGUUUCAAAAGUCCUGUUUGUUUCGUUUUUGCUUUGAUGAUUGUG